CCUUGACACAGUCGCUGCGUUUGCCACAUGUCGUGGACCACUAGAUGUUGCGCUUGUUGGUAUGCGCGCUGCUGCCAGUUGCCGGCGAGCUGCGCCUCACCGGGCAGACCUCCUGCCCGUGCUUGGAUUUUGCGGAGCCGCUGGGGAAGCAUCUGGUGAACACCCAGACGCAUGAGCGGCCCUCCAGACUUUUCGGCGAGGAGAGGUUGGGCCACGGCUCCAAGGUGGAUUGCUUGAUGGUUUCGCACGUCGAUCCCUUGCUGCACCCCAAUGAGACCAUUUGCUACCCGACGGACUACGGGCAGCAGCGCUGCGAGGCCUGGGACCAGCGGCUGCCGCUGCUCUGCGCCUAUGGGCGAAGCGACCAGGAGCUGCCGGAUCAGUGCAAGGGCCUGCUGAUGGCACGGAAGGAGGGCCGCUGCGAAGGCAUCUUCAGCCCCAAGGCCUUCGCGCUGCCUUGGUGCCAGCAGUCUUGGUGCUAUGUGGACGAAAGCUGCGACCUGCAGAAGUCCAAGUCCUACUUCUUCCCCGACACCAAUCUGUGGUACUCCUACGAGACCUGCACCUCCAGGAACUUCUUCGAGAUUUGGAACAUGGUUCAGCUGGAGAUGUGCAGCCGGUUUUCGGUGGUGGAGAAGCCCUACAUCAUCAUGUGGCUCUCGUGCUGGACCUGUGCCUUCCUGCAGCAGGUGAUCGACACCACGCGAAAGCUGGAAGAGCAGCAGGAUCGCUUAGGAAAGUGGCAGCGCGCGUACUUGGGGAUCCAGCUGCUGGUCUUGGUCACGGAGACCUAUGCCAACAUGCAGCGCAUCCCUUGGGGUCAGCGGGAUUUCUGGAGUUGCUACAACCUCUACGUCUACGUGUUCAUCAAUUCGGCGGUGUUUGUGCGUGCGACCAUGAUGUCGCAAGUGGUGUGGGACUGGUACGAGGUGCGUUUGCUGAAGCUCCCGGUGCUGCCCUUCCAGAUGGAUGGCAAGGGCUGGACGGAUGAGAUGCGGGCCGGAUUGCUGGUGUGCAUCUUCCAGUUCUUGUCUUCCCUGGGUGUGUUUUUCGUGAUCUCCGUAACGCACCUGGUCCCCGCUCUGGUGCUCUACCCCUGGAUCUUCUGGGUAGUGGCCGCCGGCUUGGUGAAGUCGCGGCUCUGGAUCGGCAGCCUGGGCUUUGACCCGGAGAGCCGCUUCGGCCGUGCACUGGUGGUGGGCACGAACUCCUUCAUGUCGGUCAUGGGCAUUCAGGUUUUGGUGACCUGCAUGGUACGCACCUACGCUGGGGAGUGGUCCAACGGAUACCUGGGGCCUCUUUGGAACGACCUGCUGGUCCGGCGCUUGCAAGUCUGGUACACCUGCCACCUGCGACACGCCACCGUGAAGCAGAUGAUGAUGGACCAGGACUUCAUCAAUCUAUUCGUACGCUGAGCGAGUUUUCGCCGCUUCGUCGGGCUUGAAGAAAGCCACUUGUACAUAGGCCUAGUGGCCGGUACCUGCCUCCUCAAAAGGGGGAAGCAGUUCGAGC